AUGGCAUCUACUUCGAGAGCUAAUAACGAGGCAACAAAAUGGGCUCAAAGAGAACAAGAUUAUCUCCUGAAAUUAAUGGUUGAAAAAGUGAAAGUUGGUAACAAGAGUUCUAGCACUUUCAAUAAAGGUGGGUCGAACAAUAUCAAGAUAUGGUUUGAGGAAAAAGCUAAUCGACCAUUUACGAUGGCUCAACUGAGGAAUAAGAUGAAUAAAAUGCGAUUUGAUUACAGCGCUUUCAAGAAACUACUGGAUACUACAGGAGGCGAGAGGCGAGAAGGAGACGCGAGGCAAGAAGGAGGCGAGAGGCGAGAGGCGAGCAGCUCUGCCAUCUUCGAUCUACCAUCUUCAAGUGAGAAAAUGUCAACUUCAAAACAAGCAGUUAAUGAAACUGCAAAAUGGAGCCAAGCAAAUGUAGACACCCUUAUUUUUCUGAUGGUAGAGGAAGUUAAGAAAGGAAAUAGGACUACUUCGACUUUUAAUAAAGCUGGUUGGAACAACAUUGCCAAUAACUUCAAAGAAAAAACUGGGGUCAACUAUGCCAUUAUACAGUUGAAGAACAAAGUGAACAAACUGAGGCAGGAUUAUAGUCAGUUUAAGAAGCUAUUGGAGACAACUGGUUUUGGUUGGGAUACUGCUUCAAGAACUUGUACUGUUGAUGAUGAAUCCAUCUGGGAAUCGCAUAUUAAGGAUAACCCUACUUGGGCACGAUUUAAGAAGCAUGGACUACCACAAUGGCCAGAACUAUGUAUGGUAUUUGGUGAUACAUAUGCAGACGGCGAAGGAAGUGGGACUCAAACAACCAUGUUGGAAACUUUGGGGGCCGAUGAUGAUAGGAAUAUGAUUGAAUCUUGUGAUGAGUCAAGUUCCGCUGAUGAAGUUACUCCAUUAGGUGACACUCAAACUGAAGCAGUGGAAAAAAGGCCAGUUACUAAGCAUAGGCAUGAUAGGACUCCAAAUGCGAAAAGGAGGAGGAGCAAGUCUAAUGAUUGGUCAAUGGCAUUCAAGGCAAUUCAAGAUAUUAGUAAAUCAAGGGUAGAAUGAGAUGCGAGCAUGUCCACUGCUUCAACCCAAAAUGUUGAACAG